GCUGUGAGACUCAACGUUGUCAUUUUCAGCAUUGGCGUCCUCAUCAACAUACCCCAGGUCUUCAACGAGUUUGUCUACCUCAGUGUGGAGGGUGGCUGUGAUGGUGGUGGUGACCAGUACCAGAUGAACAUCACAAGCUUCGGUCGCCUCUACAGCCUCUACGUCAGCCCAUCCGUCAACCUGGUCAUCCCGUUUCUCAUCGUGGUUGUCAUGAACGCUUGGUUCGGCUGGAAUGUUGUGGUCUUCAGGCGAAGACAGAGUGUCGAGCUGAGUGAGUUGUUUUUUUUUUUUUGUUUUUUUUUUGUUUUUUUUUUAUAGGUCAAAGGUUGCCAGCCUCCAGUAAGUGGUGCACAUGGUGUUUUGAUAGUGCGGUUGGAUUUCUGACGCGCAAUGUUUUAUGUAAAUGGGCCUUAAUCCAUUUUUGGACUACUUUUGUUUUGUGUUUGUGUAAGGUAAGGACUACAUUUUCAUAAAGUGAGAAGUUGAUGUCAGUUAAUGAGUUUCGGUUUAUCGUCAUUAAAAUUCUAUAAAAAUGUAGUUUUAAGUUUCAAAUAGGAUCCGAUUUAGUUAAGUAAAAUAAAAACUGUUAUUCAUUUUUUUUUUUUUUAAAUAGCCAACGUUCUGUACAUGUGAAGUAAACUUUUACACUCAGUUGAACUGUCAUUAAUGUACAGAUGGUUAUUACGUCACUAACUUUUUUUUAAAAAAAAUAGUUGUUUCUUUUGUUUGUUUUUUUUUGUUUUUUUUGCUUACGAUUUUAAAUUUCAGAUCAUAUAUUAUUAACAUAAUAGGUAAAUCCCGGAGCCAUCUAAUUUUCAUAGAAUGAAAAGCCCCCACAAAAGUAAGCUACAUGAAACAGAAAUGUAAGCAUAUCAUUGAAGACUAUAUCAAAACGCAACCAAAAAAAAUACAUACAAAUCGCUAAUACAGACAUCAUGUUAUCAGAACGCUGGUAAAAAUGCUUUUAAACACAAGCCAAGAAAAUUUAACAGGAAUGUAAAGAAGUCCGGGGGUUCCCUAAGUGUGGGGGGGUCCCUAAGUGUGGGGAUCCCUAAGUGUGGGGGGGUCCCUAAGUGUGGGGGGGUCCCUAAGUGUGGGGGGGUCCCCUAAAAUAAAUGCAGGUACACCAAGUGGAGAGAAUGAGAGUCCAUCAUUAUGUAGCUUUCGAAGCUUUACCUUGUCCCUCUUACACGGGUGGACUACAGUGCUGGUGUAAGAAUAGCCGUUCAAGACACUGCUGUUUGUAACGUCCUUGUUGGGAUUCUGUUAAAGCGAACUCGUAACAUAACGAGUAUAAUAAAUAAUUAGUGAUUGUUUAGUGAGACAACUGUAUGUGCAUAUUUAAUUAUUUUAAUUACCGGUAUAAUUGAUUUCUACAUAUUAAGCUGAAUUCAUAAGUAAUUAAAUUCUGUCAGAAUUGAUAACUAUGACAGAAUUGAUAACUAUGACAGAAUUGAUAACUAUGACAGAAUUGAUAACCAUGACAGAAUUGAUAACUAUGACAGAAUUGAUAACUAUGACAUAAUUGAUAACUAUGACAGAAUUGAUAACUAUGACAGAAUUGAUAACUAUGACAGAAUUGAUAACUAUGACAGAAUUGAUAACUAUGUUAUUGGUUGAUCAGGUUCACAAACCAGACCAGGCAGAUCAGGGCUUGACGAGGGACUCUUACGACUGACCGUGGGUCUCACCAUCUGGUACACUGUCUGUUGGCUAAUACCAGGGGCCUACUACAUAUACAGAUUUCCAAAUGUAAAUAUUUGAAUCUUCUUUUAAUUUGAUAACAGAAGCUUAGUUUCUCGAAACCUAUCAGUAAUCAGCAGGGGCGCCUACCCUCCCCCCACCCUAGUGGUGGGGCCAACCCACGGCCCCUAGACCGAUCCUGGUCCAUUCUGUGGGUCAUGGUAUUGGUAUUUAAUUCGAAAGCUUAUUAUGAAAUUAGGCGUAUUAGGAAUCCAAAAAUGGAAGGUUAAAAUUUUUUUAGAACCGUGUUCACUAUUCAAUGAUGAUAGUGUAUUGAUGACAAACGAUUGCAACUGUUUAAAUAGCUAGUACUAGUAUAUAUAUAUAUAUAUAUAUAUAUAUAUAUAUAUAUCUAACUUGGAUUUGAAACAAAUGCUUCCCACCUCCCCCCUUGUGUAGACGCCCCUGUUCAUUAGCACUCAAUAAUCUGUCGUGUGUCGUUAUUGGUUGGCCUUGUACCGCGAAUGAUCGAUUGUACANUUUUUUUUUUUUUUUUUUUUUUUUUAUUUUUUUUUUUUUGAUUUUUCCUUUAGUUGGUUUUUUUGCCACACUUUUGCUUUUUUUUUUUUUUUUUUCAUCAUUUUUUUCAGGUUUUCCCAUUCUAUGUUUCACUUCUUUCCUUUUAUCUGACCUGAUUGCAGUAACUUCCUCUUAGUAUCAAAUCAAAAUACACGCUGUACCCUACUAAAUAUUGAUGUGUGCAAUUGUAGCAAUCAACUCUAUUGCAUUAUUUCUAACUGACAGCCAACGAUUUUGAACCCGACCUUAGGGAUUAAGGUGUGGGCUAUUACAGAGAUACUGAUCGUCACCAACGCCACCAUGAACUCAAUCUUCUACUUCCUGUUAUGGCGUCAGUUCCGCUCUGCCUUUGUCAGCUUGUGCAGGAACUGCUGCGCAUCGUGCCCUUGUGCGUACAACGUUACCGGGACGUCUGCACCAUCGGAGC